AUGGAGCAGAUACUAAAAUAUUGUUUAUUUAUUAACUUAAUACAUAUUUGUUUGAAAUGGAAGAACCCUGGAAGUGUUCCCUCGGCAAACUCAAGGCUCUCACCACUUUCUCCAGAGCCUUAUGAAAGUGGGGCAACUAUUGACAUCCCUCUUGACAGCUCAAAGGAUACCAAAGCGAAGGAGAAGGAACUUCAAGCUAAAGAGUCAGAAUUGAAAAGAAGGGAACAGGAACUAAAACGAAGGGAGGAUGCUAUAGCACGAGCUGGAAUAGUUAUAGAGGAAAAAAACUGGCCACCUUUUUUCCCCAUCAUUAAUCAUGACAUUGCAAAUGAAAUACCAAUACAUCUUCAAAGGAUCCAGUAUAUUGCAUUUACGACAUGGUUGGGUUUGGUUCUGUGCCUCUCGUGGAAUUUUGUGGCAGUUACCACUACUUGGAUCAAAGGAGAAGGUCCAACCAUCUGGUUUCUUGCUAUUAUCUAUUUUAUUUCUGGAGCUCCAGGAUCCUAUGUAAUGUGGUAUCGCCCUCUUUAUCGUGCUAUGAGGACUGACAGUGCGCUGAAGUUUGGCUGGUUUUUCUUGUCAUACCAUUUGCACAUCGUCUUUUGCGUUUUUGCUGCAGUUGCGCCACCAAUUAUAUUCAAAGGAAAAUCUCUCGGAGGUAUUUUGGCUGCAAUUGAUGUGUUGGGCGAUCAUGCAUUGGUUGGGAUAUUCUACUUCAUUGGGUUUGGAUUAUUCUGUCUUGAGUCACUGCUGAGCAUCUGGGUUAUUCAGCAAGUAAUGAUGUACUUCCGCGGCAGUGGCAAGGCUGCAGCGAUGAAGCGCGAGACAGCAAGAGGGACGAUGAUGGCAGCUCUAUGACGUGGCACUAGAUGAUGUUUCCCCCUAUAGUUAUCCCCGAAAAUUGAUUUCCUCAGUUACCAUUAUCUUA